AUGACGACGGCUUCCACUCAGCCGACGGCGGACAUGGAGCUGCACAGCCAAGUCAUCCAACAGCUUCUCCAGUCGAUGGACUGUGCCCAGUAUCUGAAGGACUCAUUGAGUCAAUUUCUUGGCAACAUCACCACUAAUGUCAACCACAAGGACUUAGCCUAUCACCUGUUCUGCAUUGUCACCCUUUAUAUUUCCAAGCAGACCACUCUUGACAAUGAGCAGAUGUCCGUUCUGUGUCGAAGUGCGUACUACCAACCCACCUCAACUGCUUUUGGAGAUCUUCUAGCUCCAGCCAUCGAACAGUUGAGACAGGAUUGGAGCGAAAGCAAUGCUUCGUCAGAGAGUCUUGGUGCGCCAUUGCAAAUUGAGGACGUUGAUAUGAGCGAGGACCCCGAUAAUGUAUCCCAAGCUCUCAGCAUUUCUCGCUCCAUCACCCCCGAUAGGUUCGUACGUGAAGCUGAGAAAUGCCUUUUGGUAGCCUCAAAUUUUAGCGGAGCUGUUAGUUCCAAGGAUUCGAAGGAUAUCGCCAACUUAAAGUCACAAUACCCAUUCGGAUAUCGACUAAUGACUGGCCAGGGCUGGUCAAGCCAGAGUGGUCUUGGUCCUGACGGGUCUGGAAUCCAAGCGCCGCUUGAUGAAAACACCCUGGCCCACACGUUCAGAUACCGAGAGUCUCCUACCGGACUAGGAUAUACAAAUAAGCCUAGCAGCAAAAUUCCUGGGAAUGACAAUCAUACAGCACCGAGCGGCAAACAAGCAGAGGCAUUUGUUGACCCAGCAUCCGCCGCUUGGCACCAAUAUACGGUUGACCCCCGUGGGGGCGACCUGACAGCAAAACCGGAUUACAUGUACGACAUCAACACUACCCUACCAAGAGAGGCCGUGCAUUCUCAUUUGCUACGAACGGGGAUCAAUAGCGGCGUUAAGACUAUCAUCCAAGACCAGUGCGUUAUCCACGACAAGUGGAGGGAUAUUUCUAAUCACACAAGUGCCCUUCAAAUUAAGAAGAGUGUGCCGCAGAAGAUGCCGAAGACAACAACAGAAACUACCCUUAAAACGCCUCGUACUUUUGUACUUGAUGGCAACAGCAACGGCUUUACUGGCUGGUAGAUUUAGGCGUACAUCGGAUUCUCAAGGUUGAAAUGGAGAAAAUGAUACUUUCAGGGAAAAAACAAACAAAGGGCCCUUGAAAUAUGAAAUCUAUUAUAAGAGUAGACAUAACGAAGAGUAUGAGUCGGAGAUAAUUGUGAUAGUAACUGUGGC